CUAUUGUCUAUUAAAUCAAAUUGACCAUAUGUUGAACAUUUAAUUCAACAACAUUUAACACAAGCAGGUUACUUUACAAUUAUGGCAGUCUAAAUUAAUGAAGUGAAAAGCUGGGAGCAAAGUCUAGAAGUUUCAAAACUCCGCCAUGACGGUGACAUAGAUUUAAAAACGCUCUGCAGAGCAUGCAGAGUGCAAGCAGUCUUUUAAAAAGCAAGUUUCCCAGUGUAGCAUUAAACAAAAGAUGGAUAAUCUACUGUCCGUUCGACUUCAAGAGUUUCGUGGGAUACAACGAGAUCGAAGCGUACCUGACCGCUUUGGGAGCUCGGGUGAUCGGCUGCACCAAGGAGCAGCGGAAGAUCCAGAGCCUGAGGAUCGGGGAUGGACCGGUCUGUGUCCUCGAGGCCGGCGUCCACGCCCGGGAGUGGGCCUCCCCUAUGGCCGCUCUCUACGUCGUCGACAAGUUGGUCAAUAAACCCAUCCCAGGGCUCACCUGGAUUAUAGUGCCACUCCUCAACCCUGACGGCUAUGAGUACUCCAGGAAGAGCAUGUCUACGAGGUUUUGGAAAAAAAAUAUGAACAACACAAAAAGCCGAUGGUGCCAGGGAGUAGACAUCAAUAGGAAUUUCAGAAUCGGCUGGGGAGAUCUGGCGGGGUGUUCGAAGAAUCCUUGUAUGGAUACCUUUUGUGGUCUUGGUCCUUGGUCAGAGGUAGAAUCCAUUUCUAUGAAGUCUCUUCUCGUUGAAGAAAGGGAUGUUAGGGUAUACAUUAGCGUGCACUCUUGCUUGCAAGCCAUAAUGUAUCCACCAGCUCAUAGCACUGAAAAGGCAAUCGACUUAGAAGAAUUGGAAACAGUGGCUAAAGAGAUGAGUAAUUCUAUUAAGUCAAGAUGUGGGAGAGAAUACCAAGUCGGACAAAGUAGUGUAAUAGACAAAAUAGCAUCGGGUACCAGUAUUGAUUGGGCUCGGCAAGAACUUGGAAUCAAGUACUGCUUCAAUCUCGCAUUGCCAGGACCAGACGUGGGAUACCUACUACCAGAAGAUGAGAUUGAAAAAGUUGGUAAGGAAUUGCAUGAAGCUGUAAAUGCGGUGUCUCUAAUAGCCAUAAAUUUUAGUAACAGCGACAAGCCGGAAUAUGUAGACAUAACAAAAGAUACCUAAAUAAAAUAAAAUUUAAAAAAAUGAUAGUUCCAAAUUUUAUGAAUGAG